GAAAGAUCGUUAUCGGACGGAACGACCUGGGAGCGACUUUUGCAAAAGGGCGGCAGGUGCGACGUUUUCGACUUGAUGUGUCAAGCUCUAUUUGAGUUUCAUUGUUUGAGAUUUCAAUUAAUUUGAAAAGAUACGUUUAAUUUACUCAAUAUUUCACUUCUCGUAUCACAGCAUUCCUUGUCUUGCGAGAUGUUCGUCAUACAAGUCUGAAAAGCGACUGAAAUACCUAAUUCAUUGACCUAAUCAGUCAAAAGCCAUGGAUGAAAUUAUAGAAGUUAAUGACGAUGAAUUCGAUGAAUUGGAAAAGAUGUAUUGUGAUGUUAAAGGCAGCUCUCUUCAGGUUAAACCAACACCUGUUGCAAAACAACAAUCAAUUAAAAAAGAAGAAAUUAAUGAAGAAGAAAUGGAUAAAUUGCUACGAGAUGUAGAAUGGAAUGAAGAACCAGUUAAAACUACUCUUAAAAUGACUUCAACUCCAGAUCCUCAGCAAAAUCAUUUAGAUAUCCUGAGAAAACACUUUGGUCAUGCGAAGUUUAGACCAAUGCAAUGGGAGAUCAUAUACAACAUUAUAAAGUUGAAACGAGAUGGCUGUGUAAUUAUGGCAACAGGUUAUGGAAAAAGUUUAUGCUAUCAGUUCCCCCCAGUAUUUUGUAAUGGUACAUCUCUAGUUAUUACACCAUUAAUUUCUUUGAUGGAAGACCAGACACUAGCUUUGGAGGCAGCAAAUAUUCCUGCAUGUUAUCUAGGAGCAGGGCAAUCUGGACAGGGCAACAAAAUGGAUAAACUGGUGCAGGGUGAUUAUCGAGUAGUGUAUUUAACUCCUGAAUUUUGCACUGGAGACAUUGGAGCCAACCUCUUUGAUCGGCUUUUAGUAUCCAAAACAAUAACUUUAGUUGCCAUCGAUGAAGCUCAUUGUGUGAGCCAAUGGGGACAUGAUUUCAGACACAGCUACAGACGACUUGGGAAGAUUCGUGAUAAAUUAGGACAUUCUGUUCCAAUUUUGGCAUUAACAGCUACUGCUACACAACAGGUGCAAGAUGAUAUUUGUUCCUCAUUGAAACUAAGGAAUCCGUUUCGCAUAUGUUCUGGCUUUGAUCGACCUAAUUUAUAUCUUGCUGUUCAUCAAAAAGGACCAUCAAUUAUUAAUGAUUUGCGACGUCAUAUGAUAAGAGGCGAAAUGAACUUUGCAGGCCCUACAAUUGUCUACUGUCCAACAAAGAAAGCUACAGAGAAUGUAGCCAAAGCUUUGUCAGAUUAUGGUGUAAGUUGCCGUUAUUAUCAUGCAGAUUUGAAUGCAAAAUUACGUAAAGAAGUUCAUCAUAUGUUUGUCAGGGAUGAGAUACAAGUAAUUGUAGCAACAGUUGCAUUUGGAAUGGGAAUUGACAAACCAGAUGUGAGAUUGAUCAUCCAUUAUGGAGCUCCUAAAGACAUGGAAAGCUAUUAUCAAGAAGUUGGUCGUGCUGGAAGAGAUGGAUUACAGUCACAGUGUUAUAGCUAUUUUUCAGCUGCUGAUUUUAAUACUAAUCAAUACUUCCUUUCCAAUCUUACUGGAAAAGCUUACGAGCAUCGAAGAACAGCGAUGCUUAAAAUGGAACAGUAUUUGCAAUCCAGACAGUGUCGACGUCAGUUCUUAUUGUCUCAUUUUGAACCUGAUAGAUUGAAAGGUCCAGACACACCAGCAGAAAAUUGUUGUGACAAUUGUACAUUCAGGAGAGCUCAUGGUAAUAAAGAGCCUGAAGUAGAUGGCUUAAAUGAAGAUGGUACCUAUGAUUUUGGUGAAGAUGCAGAAUUACUGUUGUCUGCUGCGAAUUUUUUUGGAGGACGAUUUGGCAUAACGAUGAUCAUUACUUUUUUAUGUGGAGGCAAGAAUGCUAAAUUCCGAGAAUCUGAAAUGGAGAAUGAAGUGUUUGGGAAAGGAAAACACAAACCUAAAGAAUGGUGGAGAGGCUUAGGUCGCAUUCUUUUACAAGAAGGCUAUUUGCAAGAAGUUGCUUCAAAAUAUAAUGCCCCAGGAAAAUUUCCUAUGAAUACAAUAAGAGUUGGGAAGCGAGGUACAGACUUCUUGCGUAGGAUAGGUAAAGAAAAGAUAUCUGUCAAUUUGUAUCCUACUGAAGAUAUGAUAAGUAUAUUGAAAAAAAAGAAGAAAAUUCAGUUUACUUCAUCAUCCAGUUGGAAUGAACCUGUUAUUCUUCCUCUUUUCCCUACAUGUUCACAAUCUGCCAAUGACAAUAAGAAGGAGCAGCCAAAAAUGUCCAAAGAGGAAGAGGAAAAAGAAGGAAUGUUGUAUAGUGAACUGCUGAAGCUGAGAAAUGAUUUGGCAAAGCAACAUUCUUACAUGCCAUACAUGGUCGCUAAUAACAAAACUUUGCUUGAUGUGGCAUCUUUAAGACCUAGCAACAAAUCUGAACUUGCCCUGGUGGAAGGCUUCAAUGCAGCUAAAAUUGAAAAAUUUGGAGCAGCAAUGUUAGAAAGAGUUCGAGCAUUCUGCACUGAACAUGGACUUGCCAUGAAGAAGAUUCCAACUUCCCAGACUGAAACUGCUUCUGUUAAUCAAAGCAAACUUUCAGAGAACGAGCUGUCAGCAACUUAUUCUGCACUUCCAGAGACUGUAAGAGUUUCAUACGACCUCUUCCAGGUACAAGGAAGAUCUCUGGCAGCUGUUGCAUCAGAACGUUCUUAUCAGCCAUCCACUAUUGGAGGACAUUUGGCUGAAGCUGUUCGAGCUGGUCUCCCAUUGGAUAUGAAGAGAUUAGGAGUAACAGAUGAAGUUUGUGAAACAAUUGUGAGAGCCAUUCGUUCACCCCCCAUUAACUCAGAUAUUUCACGAUUGAAACCAAUAAAAGACAAUUGUCCAGAUCAUAUCAAUUAUGAACAAAUUAAAGUAACUCUUGCAAUGUUGGCACGUAAGUAUGGAAUGAAAGACAAUAUUGUGGAUUGGGGCACAUCAGGCACACCUGAUCUUGAUGCAUUCAGACAUGUACCUACCCAAAAGAAGACUCUGUCAACAACAACAACAACAACAACAACAACUUCUAACAUGAGUUCGCAGCUGUACACUUCAACUUCUGACAGUCAGUUUAAAGAGCAGAAGGCUGAGAAACGAAAAAUGGAUUUGAGUCAGUUUAUGCAGAAAAGAUUUAAAACUUUACAGGGAGAGGAUGGGCAAGAUGCUAUGAAUUCUCCAAAUAAUUCAGUAAAUUCAAUCAAGCAUGAUGUGUCUUCAACUCAGAAAAAAGAUGUGCGUGUCCAAAAUGUUCCUGAAGAUGAUAAGUCUGAAUUGUGGGGCGAUGAUGAUAUCUUCAAUUGUGUUGAUGUACCUAGUGAAACUAUUUUAGUACCUGACAAUAAGAAUCAAUCCUGUGUAAUAAAUGAUUUGCAGCGAAAACCUAAAGAUGUGCAACAAGAAAUGAAAAAGAAAAUGAAGUCUAGUAGCUUGUUUAGAAAGUAAACUGAAGUGUUUUGGCAUUGCAAUUAUCUUGACAGAUAAUUGUUGUAGUGGAUUGUGUUUGAAGCAGAAAUGAGAUGUGACUGUAGGCAAAUGUAGUGAAAAAUUGUAUAAAAAAAUAGACUUCAAGACCAUUUAGGUGAGGCUAGUGAAUGUGAUUUAUCUUAAUUGAUUCCUUCUUAUCAUGGUUUGUGAUCGUACUAUCAACAUGAUUAAUCGAAAAACUUCCAAGUGUAAUAGUACAAGUAGUAUUAAUGUUCAAAACGGUCUUGUUGAAUUUUAAUCACAAAUUUCUUGUCAUUUUUGUACCUUCUUGAGUACUUUCUGAUUUUGUAUUAAAAAUAUGUAACAACAUAAUAGAGAAAAAUGUGAAUUACUUAUGAUCAUACACUUACAUUUGUAUCAUGCACUUGAUUAAGAUUUUGCAUUUAAUGAUCUACAAGAACAUUUGUGAAUGAUUUUUAUAAUUGAGAUUGUUGAAUCUAGUGUUUUUGAUGCUCAUGUGUAACAUUUGCUUUUGAUAUGAUAUUAUUUGUUAAUUGAAGUUUUCAUUUAAUUUAUUAUGUAAUUUUUUUUUCCCUUGUAAAGUUGUGUGUAAUAGUUCUAUUACCUGUGGCGAGAAGAGUAAAAUAAUUUUAUUUUUCAAUGCAGAAAAUGUUUAUAUUUUUUAAUUUCCAACAUUGUUAUUAUAGUGUUCAAUUACAUUGAGGUGAUAGUUGUAUUUUUGGAACAUGAUUAAACUAGAGGUCC